GCGCUCAGCGCCGAGCGUGCUCUGCAACACGCUGGUGGCAACACCCCUUCACUCGCUCGUUCAUCUCUACUCCUACAUGCACGGUUUCCGCCGUUAAUCUCUAGCACCAUACCACAUCACCGGCGAGGACACUCGACCUCCAUUGAGCAGGCGAGGGGCAACACACACCUGCGGAAGACAAGCAUGUUCGGCUCACGAAGCCCCACGUCAAGCAACUACGAGAGAUUGGAGGGCGGGCAUGGGGUGAACAGGAUAGGGACAGCCAUGCGUCUCGCAGGAUGGAAGAAAUUCGCGCUGGCCGGGGUGGUCAUAGUUGGGCUCGUAUAUAUCUUCGGGCCCCGCAAAGAGACGAUCAUCCCGCAUGAGAUACCAUCAAUUCUUCGGCCAGACUGGUCGGGGAUGGGCAAAUCACCACUGCCGCCAGUAGUACCGGACCCCGUCCAUGUCCCCGUGCACGACGAUGACAUGGUUCCCCAACCACCGCCAGGACCGCCUACGGGCCCCGAGAACGACCCCGACCUCUCCAAAACUGUCCACUGUAUAGCGCCUUUCAAGCCAUCCCUUCCUCUCGUUCAGUACGCACUGAUGAUCGACGCCGGCUCCACUGGCUCGCGCAUCCACAUCUACAAGUUCAACAACUGCGGUCAGUCGCCGAUGUACGAGUACGAAGUCUUCCGCAUGACACAGCCUGGCCUAUCAUCGUACUCUGGGAGGCCACAGGAGGCAGCGCAGAGUCUGGACGUGCUGCUCGACGAGGCAGCGAAGAUCAUCCCCAAGAAUCUGCAGUCGUGCACGCCUGUCCAGGUCAAGGCGACGGCAGGUCUACGGUUACUCGGGGCGGCGGAGAGCGCAGCCAUCCUCGACGCUGUCAAGGCACACCUUCACACGAAGUAUCUCUUCAGCCUCAAAGACGAGGACGGCGUUGUCAUCAUGGACGGCAAGGACGAGGGUGUCUACGCCUGGAUCACCGCCAACUACCUGCUCAACACCAUCCGAGGCGACUCGCCCGCGGGCACGCCCUCGUACGCCGUGCUCGACCUCGGCGGUGCGUCCACGCAGAUCGUCUUCGAGCCCAUCUUCAGCAAGCCCGACAGCACGCUCGAGCCGGGCGAGCACAAAUACGACCUCACGUUCGGCGGCAAGAAGCGCGUGCUCUACCAGCACUCCUACCUCGGCUACGGGCUCAUGCGCGCGCGCCAGAGCGUGCACCGCCUCGUCGAGUUCAUGGGCUCCCUCCGCGGGACGAGCAGCGGCGCGAACGCGACGAUCGCGAACCCGUGCCUCGCGCGCGGGACGGCGAAGCCCGUCGACGUCGAGGACGCGCACGCGCCGGGCGGCAAGUUCGGCGUGACGAUGGUCGGCGCGGACGUCGGCGCGUUCGACGCGUGCAACCGCGUCGUCGAGCUCGUCAUGGCGAAGGACGCGAUCUGCGAGGUCAAGCCGUGCUCGUUCAACGGCGUGUACCAGCCCUCGCUCAUGGAGACGUUCCCCGCGGGCAAGGUCCUCCUGCUCUCGUACUUCUACGACCGCCUCCAGCCGUUCCUCGACGCGGACCCCGCGCUCGCGAAGGCCCCGCUGUCCGUGGCGACGUUCGCGGCGCUCGCGCAGCAGGUGUGUCCCGGCAAGCCAAGCUGGACGCAGCACUGGGGCUCGAAUGCAGCGCUGAUGGAGGAGCUCGAGGGCCGCCCGGAGUGGUGCCUUGACCUGACGUUCAUGCACGCGCUCCUGCGGCUUGGAUACGAGCUGGACGGCCAGCGCGAGGUGCAGGUUGGCAAGAAGAUUGAGGGCACGGAACUCGGCUGGUGCUUGGGUGCGACGCUGGCGAUGGUCGGCGGCGACAUCAAGUGCAGGGUAUAGAGCUCGCCCUCGUCUUAAGGGUAUUGUAGCAGACAUCGUGGAUAACAUGUAUCAUACCCUGCGUAUCAUGUAGAUGACCUGCGCUCGUGCUAUUUAUUCCAUUUCUUACCGUCG